GCGCAUGUUUCGCACCGAGCUCCCGGUCCGACUCUAGCGCCCAUCAUCCCCAGGAGGCGGUGGCUCAGCGCCAGACCGGCCCCGGAGCCCAGGAUGGAGUACCAGGCUUCUUUCCAGUGAUUUGAACCCGCAACUCGUGCCGCUUUUGCCGACCUCAGUCCAUCCCCAUGUGACUUAUCCCAUCUGCGCCUAAUUUUACAGUUUCAAUGGCUGAUUUAAUAAGAGCAGAAGAGGAAAUUAAGGAAGGGUCACGAGGAAAUUGAAAACGGGAUCUUGCUAAAACGUUCCUUCCUUUCUCCAUUUCCUCAUUCACUUCUUUCAUGACGGACUUUUGACAUUUCCAGCUCAGUCUUGGGAUUUGUUUCUCCGGCGUGUUAUUUAUGUGCCUUAUUUCAUUUUAAUGCCGCUUUCCCCCAGAAAGGGACCCAAGGCCUUAUCAUUUGGUUUUUACUCCGCAAGCGUUUAGUGCCAUGCUCCUUUUUCUCAUAACCCUUUGCAAAUUCACUCUAUCUAUUUGUUUUAACCAGAGGUUGGCUAUUCUUUAUCAGAACCUGGCAACACAUUAACAACAUGAAGUUGGAAUUUAAUCCGGAGGAAAGCAAAGUGUGGCACUUGAGGAAGUGUGUUAAUCUGCAAAGAGGUCUGUUGAUGAUACCAAGAGGCAUUAAAAAGAAGCCUUGGUGCACAUGUGGCCCUUGACUGUUGCAUUUGUUGUUGUUGUUACUGCAUGCCAUGACUUGUGGCAACCCAAAAAUGGCCCUAUCUUGGGAUUUUCUUGCCAAGGUUGGUUCAGAGGAGAUUUGCCAUUGCUUUCCCCUGUGGCUGAGAAAGUGUGCCAUGCCCAUGGUCACUCACUAGGUUUGGACAUCCCUGAUGCAUUGCAAUGGGGGAUGAUGGAUGGACGGACGGCACGGUGUGUGUUGUUGUAGCGUUGCCCAAAACCUGACUCCCCGGCGGGCUCAGCAUAUGUACAGUAUGGCUGCAAAUCCAUGCCAGGAAUUCCAGUAUUCUACAUACAAGGCUAAGAAGCUGGUUCUUUUUAUAGAAGCUGGCUAUUCGCUUACAUGCACCCAGCCUGCAGCAAUGGUGCAGCCUAUUUUUAAGUUCCUCUUCUGCAUGAGACACGGACGGAUUCCUCCCUCCGAAUGCCAAGGCUGGCAUUGCAACGCCCAGCAUCCUCUGCUGCCAGGACAUAGAAGGAACUGUACUCAGGAAUGUGGAGAGGAGGACGCCAUUCGGACUUUGAACACGCUCCAGACCAAUGCCAGCUACUUAGAACAAGUGAAGCGGGAAAGAGGAGACCCUCAGGCGCAGUUGGAAGCCAUGACAGGUUUCUUGGAACGGAGCGGCUUGAAGGUCAGAGACCUGGAUCAACUAAACAUUAUUCACGUCACUGGAACAAAGGGCAAGGGCUCCGCUUGUGCCUUCACGGAACGCGUUCUCCGCAACUAUGGCUUAAAGACCGGUUUCUACAGUUCUCCGCAUCUGGUCCAAGUUCGUGAGAGGAUCCGGAUUAAUGGGCAGCCCAUCAGCAAGGAGCUUUUCAGCAAAUACUUCUGGCAGGUCUACAACCGUCUCGAGGAGACCAAGGAUUCCAGCCAUGUUGCCAUGCCUGCUUACUUCCGUUUCCUCACUAUCAUGGCUUUCCACGUUUUUUUGCAGGAAAAGGUUGACUUAGCUGUGCUGGAAGUUGGCAUCGGUGGUGCGUAUGACUGCACCAAUAUCGUCAGGAAACCAGUUGUCUGUGGCAUCUCCGCUCUGGGCAUUGACCACACCAGUAUCCUGGGGGACACCAUUGAGAAGAUCGCCUGGCAGAAGGGUGGCAUCUUCAAGCCUGGAGUACCGGCGUUCACUGUGCCACAGCCCGACCGGCCCUUAACUGUAUUGAGAGAGCGAGCUCAGAAGAUCUCAUGUCCACUCUACCUGUGCCCUGACUUGGAUGCUUUUGAAGAGGAAGAGAAGCCCCUUCAGUUGGGUUUGGCAGGCGACCAUCAACGCUCAAACGCUGCCUUGGCCCUCCAGCUCUCCCACACGUGGCUUGGGCAGAAUGGAUAUUUGGAUAUCACUGAGCCGAAAGGCCCCUGUCCUGACUCAGAGCUGCUGGCAAAGAGACCUCCACCUGUGGCCCCUGCCUUCAAGCUGGACAAAGCAAUGGUGCAAGGCCUGCAGGAAACGGUGUGGUUAGGCCGCAACCAGGUGCUGCAUCAUGGCCCAGUGACGUGGUACAUUGAUGGCGCUCACACCACCACCAGCAUCCAGGCCUGCGUCCGCUGGUUUCACCAGGCUGCCCUGAACGAGAAAAAGACGGCGGAUGGUUCUGAGGUGCGUGUGCUUCUCUUCAAUGCGACAGGCGACCGGGAUACGGCUGCUUUGUUAAAGCUGCUGCUGCCCUGCCAGUUCGACUAUGCUGUCUUCUGCCCCAACUUCACCGAGGUGUCUACUGUUGGGAAUGCAGACCAGCAAAAUUUCAACGUCACCCUGGAGAACGUCUUGACCCGCUGCCUACAGAACCAGAGCCACUGGAACCGCCUGAUGGAGGCCAAGGUGGGCCAAGACCCUUGGCUCUCUGCCGCUUCGGAGACGGAGGGCGUAGGGGGCUGGCUGAAGCAGGUCCCUCUCCACGGCCCACCCCUCUUCGCGCCUCCCUCGGCACGACCGCUCAACACCAACUCCUUGGUCUUCCCCUGCGUUUCCCAUGCCUUGCAGUGGAUCACCCAGGGCAGGGACCCACACUUCCAGCCUCCGGCUCCCAGAGGCCAGCACCCUCAUCCUGUGGCCAGCAGUGGCGCCGUCUUACUCAAGGAGGCAGCCACUGUGCGUGUUCUGGUGACGGGCAGCUUGCACUUGGUGGGUGCCGUCUUGAAGCUGCUGGACCAAUCUCUUUCGCAGUAGGUCUGCGUCCUUCCUCUGCUUCAAAGGGGCAACCGGAAGAGCCUCGCACGCUGCUAGUCCUCUUUGCAAGGUGGCAGAUGGCAGGCUGUGGACCCCCAGGCGUACUUCGGCCAAGUUUGAGGAAGCUUUCCUUUCUCCCAGAUGGAAGGAGUCCUGCAAGAAUGGGGAUGAUGGACUCCUGGUCAGAGCCCUACUCCUCUUAUUUCCAGGUGUCUAUCCCUAACACCAAAAGUGAUGGCGGUGGGUUAUGGGCCAUCAAAAUGCUGACAGGAGGUAGAAUAUUUCUCUCUGACUGGGAGUAUUCCCUUCCCACUUCCUUCUUUGCAUGGCUGCCAUAAAAACCCCACUUCCUACGAACCAGAGUUAUCACCCCUAAACACCGUUCAGUUCUGGGUCAAGCACAAUGUCCUUUUUGACUUACUGCCUUUGUUGUCUCGCCUCCCGAAUCAAGGACGGGCAGAUAGUCUUUGAGAAGACCACUCAACGUGUGCCUUUUUAGCCUGGCUAUGAGCCUUUGUGUUUCCUUUUCUGACGUAUGGUCUCUGUAAUUCUGCUGUUCCUCUGUGGGUUUUGCCUGUCUGUGAUGGGUUUGAGUGUCUUGCUGUCCACUCUUCAGUGUUUUGGGGUGGUUUCACUUACAGCAUCACUGCCUCUUUCAAAGAGAUAGCUGUAUUAGUCUGUUUUGGCAUAAAACGGGGAGAGACAGAAUCCAGCAGCACCUAUAAGACUGAUUUAUCUCAGCACGGGCUUUCAUGGCUCCACGCACGCUAAUGCUGAAAUAAAUCAUGUCCUCUUAAAAUUUUUAUCUCCAGAGCCUGUCUCUUGCUUUGACUGUCCAUGCUUCUGCCUGUUUUCUUUCCAUUUUUUAAACAAAAUCAUCCUGGACUUGCUUUUUGCAGCAAUCAUUUUGGUAUUUGCUGGAGAGCUUUGGGGCGAAGGUCUAUGUGCGCAUGUUUGGCUCUGGAGAUGGGACUGCUAUGCAGAUUUGUGGGAAUUGGUGCCUUGGCACACUCCAUUUUCCAUUCGUGGUCCAUACACUGACCAGAGCAGUAAGACACCCCUAUCUUUCAUGGCCGAUGAAGACAGUUAUGGUUCUGGGGGUCUUCAGACUGGUACUAAGCCCACAGAGCAUCUCUUGGAGACGCAAGGUCCCUGCUUCGGUGGGACUGGGCAAUUGUGCCUCUAGUAUUGGGAGCCAUAGGCAUUGGUCAAGGAUUGACCACUGGGAGGUGCUGUCCAUUCAGAAAUCCCUCACUUGGGGCCAGUUGUUCUGCUGCUUCUUAUUGUAAAUGCCAUAUGAGAUUAUUAUUUUUCCUCCCAGUAUAGGGAGGGCUAUAGGUGUUUCCUACUAGUUUGGGUACAAUUUCUUCAGAAGUAAAUCCCUGUGAAGUGAUAACUCUCCAUGUUCAUCUGUAAGUGGAUUUUCUCAUCCCUGGAAUGGAAAUGAGCAACUCUGGCUUCUAUGUGCAGCAGGUUUUCCACAUAUAUGUGCACACGGUUUGAUGCAUUUACCGUUGCAUUCAAAAAUAGAGAUGACCAGAAGGUCUUUUCCAGUUUGGGGAAAAGAAAGGCUAUUUCAGGCCCUCCAGAUGGGAGUGGGUCCUGCUGCACAGGUUAGAAUCUAAAUGGAGGCUUCUUGGAAGCGCGAACAUCCAUUUUUUAGGUUGAGUUUUCUUUUAGAAAUGGUGAUGGUGAGUCCAGGAGCCACAUUGGGGUUCUGGCAGGCCACAUAUGGACUGUGGACCACACCAACCUCACCACUGUUAUAACAGCUAACAAAGGAAGGUUGCAUCUACACUAGGAAUAAUGCAGCUUGACACCACUUUGCUGUAGCUCCAUCCUCUGGAAACCUGGGGCUUCUAGUUUUGCAAGGUCUUUUGCUUUCCCUGCCAAAGAGUGCCGGUGCUUCACAAAACUAAAGUCCCAGGAUACUGUAAGAUAACGCCACGGCGUGUCAAGCUUUCAUGAUUUCUGCUGUGUAGAUGCACCCAAAGUUUCUGGGAAACGUUCCUGACAGCCAUGUUGGAUGUGAAUGUUUAUGCUCUCUCUCCCCAUGCGCUGGAGGGGAAGAAAAUGUUUUUGGUGCAGCAACAAGGCUUUUGGUCCGAACAAAAUGCAAACGCCGCGUACCGCAGUUGUACAGUCUGAUUUGGCGCAGUGUGUCGCGGCUUCUAGAUUAUUGUGCAGCAAUCUGAAUCUUACCUGGGAACUCCUUUGCAAGUACAAUGGGACCAAUAUGUGACUGAUAACCGUUUGCAAAUGUAUUUCGAGCCUUGUCUUCCCAUCUCUUGCUGUUUUUCUCUCUGUGUCUUUUCAAUGCAUACUUUACUUUUUAUGAGAAGGGGGACCUCUGGCCUUCCAGAUGUUUUGGGUUUCAGCUCCCAUAGAUCCUUUAUUAUUGGCUACACUGGCUGGGGAUUCUGGGCGUUGUAACUCCCAAACAUCUGGAGAGUCGAAGUUUUUCUAACCCCUGUCCUGGCAGCAAAGUGUGGCCCUCCAGAUAAUUUUUGGACGGUCACUUCCAUCAUUAUUCACCAUUGGCUAUAUGUGCUAGGGCUGAUGGGUUUUGCAAUCCAGCAACAAAAUUGCACACAUUCUGUCAUCAGAAAUCUUCCUUCUGUUCAUGAAUGGAUUCCUGAAAUACUGCAUUCUGGGCUGCAACUCCCAUUAUCCUUUGCCAUGAGCUAUGCUGCCUGAUGGGAAUUGUAGUGGGAAACAUACAGAGGUUAAUACCAGGUUGUCAAACUGGAAACUGACUUUUUAUCCUGCACUGAUGCGACAGUGGUUCUGACUUUGGAGGGCAGGUAGACAGGUUCCGACUUUUGGGUAAGAAACGUUUCCAAAAGUGGGAGGAUGAAGAUGUAGAUUAAUUUCUCCCUUCCCAACACCUGUCUCUCUCUCCUCCUGUUCCUUGGCUGCUUCUCUAAAGGGGACAGAAACCAUAAAUGCUGACUUUAUAGAAUAUAAUUUAUAUCAGAGCAGCGGUUUUAUUUUAUUCCCCCUACCCCUUAUUUUUUAAAUGAAAUCUUUUAACUAUUUUUAAAGUUUCACUAUUGUUCCUUUAUAAAAGUGACUGACUGACUGACAUUUUGGAAUAGCAAAAAUGUGGAUGAUGUGAAAUAAAAGAUCUGGCUGACGAAAA